AUGUUACUGUUCUAUGAGCAUGAGCCUGACUCGGCUAAUGCCACGUCGUCUACAGUUACAUCAGACCCUGCUUUCCACGAAUUUGAGUCGUCGUCAACCACAUCCAUUCCGCCAAAGGCACCAGAUGAAUCCCUAACACUCCACAACACCUCAUCAUGGACAUACUGCGGCCCACUACUCGUACCAAACUCCACAUCCCUCCCUCCAUCCUUCCACUCUUGGUCCGCGCAAACAACAUCCGACCCGUCCAUCCUACUAGACCGUCUCCUACCACUCCUCUCUUUCCUCCACACCUUCCUCUCAGAAGCAAACGCACAAAACUACUGGCUUACCAUUCGCGCCACAACUCCGACGAACGAGUACAACACCCCCCGAUGGCACACCGACGACGACUUCUUCUCCACUACCACCACCACCACCACCAACAACAACAACGAGCCGGAAGUAGAAGACACCGAUAUUCCCUCCAAUCCCCACAGCAGCACCAAAAACAGGUGCUGGAAACUAGCCACCAUACUCCUCGGCCCACCAACGCUCUUCAUAGAAGACAACGCCCCAGCGCUAGACACGCUUCGCCAUACGAAAGCCCACCACCGCGAAACAAUGUCCGAACACGCGUGUACGUCGAUCCGCUGCCUCGGAUGCGCCACAUACGCCGCCUCACUCCGACACUCGCUCUCCACCUCCCUCGCAGCUUCAAAGACCGCUUCACCGGGCCCGAACGAAGUAGCGUUUUUUCGCAUCGGCGACGAAGAAGGCGCUGUGCACUCUGAGCCCAAGUGCGACGUUGAUCGGAUUUUUGUUAAUGUUGUGCCGGGGACGGAGAGUGAGUUGAGACGGCUGAUGGCGAGGUGGGGAAUGGGAUUUCCGCGUGCUUGGUGCUUUGGGGUUCCGGUUGGGUUCAUCAGGAGUGAUGAGAGAUUUGGUCUGGGGUGGACGUGA